CGAUCAUCGGGCCUUGGCACCAAUUCCCAAACGUCAUUCCGUUUGAAUUGGUUUAGCUCCUCUUGCAUAGCCAAGGUCCAAUGUUCAUCGUUUAUUGCUUCGGAAAUGGUUGUAGGUUCAAUUUGAGAUACAAAAGCCAUGUGUCCUACGGUGUCCCUAAGAGAGUUACGAGUACUUACCCCGCGGUUGAUGCUGCCGAUUACCUGGUUAAGUGGAUGGUUCCUGUGCGUUCUCCAAGCGAUGGGAAGCUCGGUUUCCUCUUGUUCCUGGGCUUCCUCUUGUUCUUCUUUGUCUGCUUGGUCUUCACUUUCGACCAUCACUUGAGGUGUUUCCUCAGGUUGUGGUUGCGGGUUGGUGUAUAAUGGUGUGUCUUCUUCAUCGUCUUCAAGGUGUACUCUCUUUAAUGAAUCUGCAAGAUCAUCACAAAUAGCCUUUCUCGCCAAGCUAGUAUUAUCUUCGGAAAAUACAAUAUGAGGGGACUCCUCAAUAGUCAAAGUACGUUUAUUAAAUACUCUAUAGGCCU